ACAAACGUGCUGCUGAAAAGCCAAAGAAGUCCCGAAAGCGGAUUUAUUUUCGGAAAAAAGACUUAGAUAAAUGAAAAAUGCCGGCGCGGCCUCAGCAUAUGCACGACGGCGGUAUUGUGGAGCGUCGAUUGCGGCCGAUAUACGACUGGUUGGACAAUGGAAACAAUAAGAAGGCUCUGCAGGAGGCAGAAAAGGUGCUUAAAAAGAGUCCUUCGUUGCAAGCGGCGCGAGCGUUGAAGGCACUGGCUCUUUUUAGGUUAGGAAAAGCACCGGAGGCACACGCCGUGCUGGACGCGCUGGCGGACGAGAAACCGAGCGACGACACGACGCUGCAAGCCAUGACCAUAUCCUACAGGGAGUCCCAACAACUGCACAAGGUGUGUGCCUUAUACGAGGCGGCGGUGAAGGCCGAGCCGUUGUCUGAAGAGCUCCACUCUCACUUGUUCAUGUCGUACGUCUGCAUCGGGGACUACCGCGCGCAGCAGCGGGCCGCUAUGGCGCUCUAUAAGUUUGCGCCCAAAAAUCCUUAUUACUUCUGGGCUGUUAUGAGCAUUGUUAUGCAGGCGAAAACUAUGGAUGAUCCCACUAAAAAAGGCAUCCUUCUUUCUCUAGCCCAGAGAAUGGUGGACAACUUUAUAACUGAAAACAAAAUGGAGGCUGAACAAGAAGCACGGUUAUACAUCAUGAUCCUUGAACUACAAGACAAAUGGGAAGACAUCUUGAAGUUCAUAGAGAGCCCCUUAUACUCCAAUUUAGUCCCUGGUUCAACUGCCCCAGCGUGUAUACCGUAUUUGAUGAAGCUAAAACAAUGGAGACGGCUUAAUCUGAUCUGUAAAGAGUUGCUAUGGGAGAACCAAGAUAGAUGGGACUAUUACUUGCCAUACUUUGAUUCGGUCUUUCAGUUGAUGAAGGAUGGGACUACAGAAGAUGAUACCACUGGGACCGUAGAUGAUACAGCGGAGAAAUGCCACGAAUUCAUCUGCUCGAUCAUAGAAAGUAUGUCAUCUGGCAGAGCAUUGCGGGGUCCUUAUCUUGCUAGAUUGGAGUUGUACAAACGGUUGUCUGUAGACGGUGAUCCGUCAUCCUUGCUUGGUAGUGGAGUAGCGUUAUGCUUACAGUAUUUAAGAGUGUUUGCUCAUAAGCCAUGUGCAGUACCAGACCUGAGGCCAUACUUGCCAAUGAUACCGCAGAACGAGAGGGAGGAACACUGCAGAGAUUUCUUAACAUGUCUCGGAUUUGAUGAGAAUAGUGAACCUGAUAAUAUAGACGACAUCCAGCGGCACAUAUCCUGCCUAUCGGCGUGGCGCCUCACAGCGGCACCGCUCCCCGCGGACCAGUGCCUCGAGCUCGCUCACACGCUACGUCGUCACUACGUGCGUUGUUUGCAACGCGGGCUGAUCACUGCCACUGUUACUGAGUUCUGUGCUGCCGAUGGCUACGGAAUACUGGCUGCGCAUCAUUAUUUCUUUGCUGCGGUGGAGCAACAAAGUGCAGCACCGGUUGUUGAGGCGCUGUGUCUACUGGAAUUAGUUCUGCACCACUCGCCGGCCAACUUCCACGCCAAACUGCUGCUUAUCAGCCUCUACCACUCUAUAGGUAACGCGCUGGCGGCGGACUCGGUGUACCAGCGGCUGGAGGCCAAGCACGUGCAGCUGGUGUCGCUGGGCUGGCUGCACGCCGCGCGGCUGCAGCCCGCCGCCGCGCACACGCGGGCGCUGCAGCUGCUGGCCGACACCCGGGCCUUCCACCACCACCACGCCAAAGACAGCAUGGAACACCUAACCUACGCGUACAAGUACGGAACGUUCGAGAAGCUAGUAGAACUAGUGUCGUGGGGCGCUCGCCUGCGCGCAUGCGCGUGGUGCGCGCUGUGUGCGCGCGAGCGGGCGCUGUGCGCUUUGCUGGGCGGCCCGCCCGCGCCGCUGCACGCGCCGGCGCCGCUGCUGGCGCAACACACGGACAACCGCGACCUGAACGUCAUUUUAAACUGGGACCCACCUCAACUUCAAGAUCCAGACUUAAAAUCCAGAACAUUCGACCAAGACCUAGCAUACCUUAGACUGAAGGACGGCUUAGUAUCCGCCAUAGCUCUGUGCAUAGAGUGUGCAGAUAGUCGGCCCAUAGACGAAAGAAGACAGCAGUAUUCUGAGUUAAAGAUCUGUGUGGACGCGUUCAGUGUUGCCAUGGAAAAGUGCAAGGAAAGGUAUAAUUGUAAGGAGAGGAUUAGUAUAUCAGCGCCGUUGCCUAGUAGGAUUAUUGCAUUUGUAAAUUCACCGGUUCCCUACCGGGAGUUGUACUCUACCUGCCUGUCCAUGGUGGGGGAAUUCUCUAUGGGUAACGCUGCGCCCGCGCACACCCUGUGCGACCGCGCCGCGAAGCUGGUGGAGCAAGCGGUCGAGAUACUCAAGAAGGAGGUCGCCGUCGGUGGAGAUAACCUGUGGAGGGCCAGGGAGCGGCUGGAGAUCUUGUCUAAUUAUCUUGAGUUCAUCGGCAUAGUAUCCUUCCUCCUCGGUGUCUGCAACGAACUCAUCACGCCAACCAACACGAAGAAACCGAAGAAAAAAACCAACCACUCGCCAGACGAACUCAAAACCAACGAACUCCUCAACAAACUCAACGAAACAGUGCAAAACUCGAUCACAACCCUAGAAGAAAUAUUCGAGAAUUUACCCAAACACGAAUACAAAACGACCUUAGUAGAUGAAUUUAAAAACUUAAACCUUGAAGAUAAGUAUCAGAGUCCAGUGGAACAGAAACUAAAGACCACGCACGCGGCGAUGGUGAACGACGUGAAGAAUAUUUUGAUGAAGAAGACGAAAUAUUUGAAGAGUCUAAUUCAGUGACCGGCCGUGCCCUAUUGGGUGCGACGUUUCAUACAUAUCUUGUAAAUAUUUCUUUAGAUCCAGUGCUGGUUUGUAACGGAUAUAUUAGUCAAUCUUAACACAUACAGUCAUGAGCAAUAUAAUGUAUCCACUUUAGGACUCUGUCGCACUAACAUAUUUGACAUUUAAGUGAGACUUACAGUUCAAUUUGUCAAAAAAGUUAAUGUGACAUGGUACCAAAGUGUAGACAUAUUAAUGCUCGUGACCGUACAUACGUUAACUCACACCCAUACAUGCAGUCAUGUAAAUACAUACACAUGUGUGUAUGAAUGAUGGAUGGACGCCAGGCGACGUCAUAAUCGCUUUUGGUAUUCAUGCCUCAAGACAAAACAAGUGAUAUAUUAGAUACCAAUUUUAAAUAGAAGCAUUAUUCUCUUCUAUCGUGUGGGUUGUGAGGUGGAGUACUAACCACAGAAAAAAGCAAAAAUGCAUUCUGUUAGUACUCGAUACUUUAAUAUUUAUCAAUUAUACAAUAAUAGCUUAAUUCAGUAAGAAAAUUACAGAAUUUGGGGUCAGAAUUAUUUUUAACUAGCUUUAAUUUCGAGGUAACACGGUUCCCCUCUCCUUAUGUACCAAUUUUUGAUUCUUACCUUGAAAACUGCGGAAACUCCCAUGUAAAAUUUCAUCCCUUCUUAGAAGCGGCGAUUUUUUGUUAGUCACAUAUAGUCUGCAUUGAAAAUUACGGAAUGCUCCAUACAAACUUUUGCUCCCAUUUUAGGGAAGCAGGGAGUUAGAAAGAGAGAAUAAGCAGCCUAUGUCACUCUCCUUCCCUUAAAAUAUCUCCACUUAAAAUCACGUCAAUUCGUCGCUCCGUUUUGCCGUAAAACACGGACAACCAGACAGAUACAUACACAUUUAUAAUAUUAAUAUAUAUUAGCCUUGCAAAUAUAAUUAUGACAAUAAUAUUCCUUCUCUUUUUUGCUUUAUAAAUCGGCACUGGGUACAUAAUGUAUAGUGUUAAUAUCUCCCACUUAGUAUAUAAACAACGCCUUAUGCUGUUUCGCUAUUUGAAACCGGGGCUAAAUUCAUAAUGGUGAAAUGUUUUCAAAUUGAAUUGUGGUACAAAAAGUAAAAUUAGUUUAUAAGAAGCAGAUUGGGCCUUAUUAAUAAUAGUUAUAUACAAUUUAUUUCGGGCUACAAGGGCCCUUACAAUUAAUACUUUAACCUAAGUAUGCAUGUAAAAAAUAAUGAACAGCAAUUUAAAAAGAGAACCACUUAUUUUGACGAAUUUUGUGCCGCUUCGAUGGUACAGUCAUGAGCAAUAUAAUGUACCCACUUUAGGACUCUGCCGCACUAACAUAUUUGACAUUUAGUGAGACUUAUAGUUCAAUUUGUCAAAAAAGUUAAUGUGACAUGGUACCAAAGUGUAUACAUAUUAAUGCUCGUGGCCGUACUCAGUGGCGGUCUUCGGCGGAAACCGCGAUACACCACGCCAUUCGGUCAGAACAAACUAUUAAUGAUAAUAGACACGGUGAUCCUGUGUUUCACUGGCUUGCUUCUCAAACGGGGAGCGCCAGUUCGAACCCCGGCACCGGACCUGCACUAAUGAGUUAUGAAUUUAAGUGCUUCACUAACACAGUUGGCUCAACCUUUAUAGACGGCGAUACGGCUCACCACCUCGAGAAAGCCCGAGGCGUGGGUACUUAGUUCAUCUUGUGAUGGAUGUACCUCUGACUACCCCAAUAGGGGUAUGGUCGUGAGCCUAUGUGGUUCGGCCAGAAGUCCUUCAUGAAGGUGUCCAACACGUCAGCACGUACACCAUAAAAUAAUUGUAGCUGUACCUUCAAGAGCUGGUUUUGGUUGAUUGGUUAUUAUCAGCUGUUGCCACCGUAAGUACAUAAUAAGCAUUGUGAUUUUAAGCAAUAAUAAAGUAAGUAAAACCCGUUCAAUAGUUUCGUAACUAAAAAUAAAUAUCAUACGUAGGAGACUUGCCGUAUGGAUUUCUCUUAAGAUAUCUUCCAAAACUUGUUUGAUUGGAAUUUAAAUCAUUAUGAAAUUAGUCCCAAAUAACACAGAGAGAGUACGCUUCGAUCAACAGUGAAAUAUACGCUUUGAUCGUGACAAAUAGAAUAUAAAUAUUUAACAGAACAUGAAGUGCGGCAGAUUAUUUGUUUAACAAAACGACGUGUUGAAUUAAAAUUUAAAUUUGGAACAUUAAUAUUGAGAAUUAAAAACUUUAUAAUACCCAAUACUGUAAAAUUACAUUUAUUUUUAUUCCUAAUCGAGUUGAAUUAAAAUUUAAAUUUGGAACAUACUUAUUAAAGAUUAAAUAAUACCCACACUACUGUGAAAUUACGUUUAUUUUUUAUUCCUAAAACUCGGUACUUAAUAUUGUUCUAAUUAUCAUCAAUCAGUCUGUAUCAUAUCACACGUGAAGUGUUAUGUUGACUUAUAACUUUAUAAGCAACUGUGACGUCAAAUGCCGUGUUUAUUAUCUGACGACUUUGUGUUCUUACGACUUAUAUUAUACAAAUGUUGAGAGCGAAAGUAGCUAUUACUAGAGUCAUUAUAAUAAGUAUGCUUAGCUAUUUUUGUUAUAAAAAAAAAUCUUCAUUUCCAUACCCCUUUCAACGUAGCAUGAUUAGAGUGACAUAUCUCACGUAUUUUCCGUACUAAGCUGUUCAACGUUGGUGCGAAAGAGCCAUAUUUGUCGUCUCUUUCGCUCUAGACGUUAUAAUUAUGCUACGUUAAAAGUUGUAAAAUCAGUCUACAAGUAAAGACCCUUUUUCCUAGACUAAAAUUUCUUAGCUCAACGAAAUAGUGCCUAGUACGUUAAAUAAUUAGGUUUGCAAUCUUUUGGCAUAAUAUCUAUGGAUUCUAUAUCCCGUAUGCACAUUUACAGGUACCCAUAACUCAUAUUCUAUUGCGAAUAUUUUUUGAAUUUGAUAUGGUAUUGUUAAUGAUAAAAGGUAAAAUUAGAUAGAAUAAUAAAGGAAAAUCACAACAUAUAGCGCCAAUAAAGACUAUUUGGUUUCUUACUAAUGUUAAUACUAAUAAUGUUAAUGUACUUUUGCAUUUAUAUAUAAAUUUUAGUAAUAAUAUACUAAUUGUAAUCUUAACGAUUGAUUUGUUCUUAUUGACCUAUUUGAUACUAACUUGUGAUGUGAGUAUAUCGGGUACCUGUCCGUCGGGCUAGAUGAGUCACGGGUAGUUACGGGUGAAUAUCAAAAUGUGUCAAGUUUGGUAGCGACUGUCAUAUAAUUUUUUCGUGAAAAAUUGGAGAAAUUGGGAGAAUUGGGAAUUGAAAAAUUCCUUUUUCAUGUCGGAACCGAGGAUCCUUUUGGAUCUUUUUCAUGUCGGAACCCAAUUUUUCACGAAAAAAUAAUAUAAAAUUUCGCCACCAAACUUGAAAUUUUGAGAUUCACCCUUACCAUGGUUACUCCCCACCAAAUCCCUCGAGAUCGUGGUUACCAUAGUUACGCCCCGCCGAUUUGCUAUUAGACUACACGAUCUGAUCGGCAAACAAAGAGUUGGUGGGGGAGUAACCAUAGUAACCACCCGUGACCUUGAUGCAUCUAGCCUAACGGAUAGGUAGGUGUAAAUAACCGCUUAUCUUAGUUCAAAACGGACUUUUCAGUUCGUUCGUGUAAAUUAAAAUAAGCUGCAAAAUAGCAAACACGGGGACUAUAGAAAAUGGUCCUUUUUAUACCACAAAAAAAGAAGAAAACUGUUAUAUUUUGGAUCACAUAAUUUUUGUUCACAAUCUAUCGGUAUGAAGAGCCCUAUCUAAAGGGCUUAGUCUUAAGGCUGGCUGUCCACGGAGAAAUUAAACCAAUAGGAUUGCACAAACUAUUCACCCGUGGUAGCCCACUUGGUAAAACGCUUGCCUCUCACUUAUAGGUCGUGGGUUCGAAUCCAGCACAGGUCUAAACCAAUGAUUGUCGAAUUUGUUUUUGAAUUCAUGUUUGGAUCAUAAAUUAUUAUCACGUGCCAGCGAUGAAGGAAAACACAUUCCCGAGAAAUGCAUUUUCGGUGUAUGUAACCUAACCUGUAUUGGGCUGGUUUUCCCUUUGCGGGUUGGAAGGUCAGACAGGCAGUCGCUUCAGUAAAAACCGGACCUGUCAAAUCUUCGUGUUAGGUAUGUGGACCCUGUGAAAAACGGAAUAAUGCUAGGGUGAUGAGGAUUGCAUAAACUAGUUCUCAACUCCUUUUUUUGACGUGACUUAUUGUAGAUUUGCCGCAGAUGGCAGUAACUAUUUGGCCGGACACAUGGGGAGCGCUGAAGGCUCUCACCCGGUACAACGUUUAAGUUCGCUACUCCCUGUAUUGAUAAAUUUUUCUCCGUUUCAUCCGCCGGCAGGCAGCCUAAAGAGGGUUUUCGGAAAUGACGUCAGGUUUUGACAGCGCGUAUUGUUGAUAUGGAUGACCUCUUGUCAAAGUGGCGCCAACUAGUGGCGUGAAUUAGUAAAAUCGAUCAUUACCUCAUUCUUUAUAUCGACGUUUACUUAAGAAAUGUAUAAAGCAAUAAUUUUUGACAAAACCUUUGUCUUCUUUCAGCUAGUAAGUGCAUCUUUGUAAAAUGUUAAUAAUUAUUAAUGAUUAUGAAACUUUCUAUUAGAAUGUUGUUCCUAAAUCUAACGGUUACCUGUAUCAAUUCUUCGACAUAAUUAUAGAAUAUCCACAGACUGCUUAGUAUUAUGUAAAUAAUUAUAUUUAUUUAUUCGGAUAAUUCAAUCUAUAAUACAAUGAAGCUUAGACACUAUGUUAGUCUUAAACCUACUAAAUACAACUUACUUAUCUGUCUACUGCUAUUUGGCUGCACGAGUGGAAGGCAACACACGCCAAGACACGUACUGCCGAAUUAUCGGACCAUCCUUCAGGGAAAUAAUAGAUUUGAGUUGCCUUUGGGACAGCUUUACAUUACAUUUAUUCUGCCACACUUUGGGGAGGCGAGUUUAUACGUACAGCACAUACCUCCGUGGUCCAGUAGUUUGAGCGUUGGGCUCACGAUCCGGAGGUCCCGCGUUCAAAUCCCGGUGGGACAUGUCACAAAAAUCACUUUGUGAUCCCUAGUUCGGUUAGGACAUCAAAGGCUGUCGCCAUGCCGCGGAGGAAUGCGAAAGCGUUCCCGCAGCUUGGCAUAAUGGCGGUGAUUCGGACACCAGGGGAUUUUCGUUGAUGCGAGUCCGACAUAUCCUUGUCGCUGCCCCCGCGGCGGUAGGCUAUGGAAAAAAAGGACAUUACAGGUUGAUCACCCGAUGGUCCGAAAGUAAAAUAAUCCGUGCUUCGGAAGGCACGUUAAGCCGUUGGCCCCGGUUACUGCUUACUGAUUUAAGUUAUUAAGUAUGAGCCUUGUCAGAAGCCUUUGCCGGCUCAAUACUAAACCUGGCACCAUGGUUGAUGGGGUGGUAAUCCACCUCACAACCCACACGAUAGAAGAUCGAAGCACACAUAGUCAGUGUAACAACGUCAACAAAUCAUGUACUUCGGCAGAGGGUAACGCGUGCGUAACUCCGAUCUAUAAUUUAUCUGAGGGACUUUCCACUCUGCUUGCCACAACCGCCGGAAGACUGUAGGCGCUGUAACGGACCCGACGCAUCAAAGAGGCCGCUAGAAUGCGCUGCGCACUACGGUCGGGAAGCAAUGCGUAUAAUAGAACAUUAUAUUUUAUUUGUUGUGCAUACGGGCCUUGUACAGAGAGAAGUGUGGUGCUGAAACGUUUUCUAGAACCAUCUAGAAGUCUAGAAUGUUCCAAUGAUACUCUUCUGCCUGACGUGUUAGCGUUUAACGUAUUGUUUGUACCUAAGAGUGGUAAUUAUUACGAUUUUGUAUUUAAUUACAAUUAUUUAUACAGUCAAA